CUACCACAACAAUGGCAACAGAAGUCUGUGUUCAGGCUAAAACCACAUUACCAGUUGCAGCUAAAACAGCAUUUAUACAGCUUGACUUAAGUGAUGAGAAAUGUUUGUCGUUGUUACCAGCUGCUGUAAUGAUGCCAGUAAAGCAGGAGCCAGCUAAUUAUCUUGAUGAGGGAGAUGAAAACAGCAUGAAACACCAAGAUAAAUCUGAAGUCAAACCUUUAUCUCCUGCGUCAGUCUUUUCAGAAAGUGGUUCACAAUUCAGACCUAGAAAUUGUGAUUAUUACUUGUUGUACAAUGGAAGUAUUUCUCCGAUACCUGAAUCUGUAACAACAUUUGAAGAUCAUCGACCUCUUUCUCCUGACUCACCUAAUACACAAUUCAGACCUGGACAUUGUGAUUAUUAUUUGUUGUACGAUGUGUGUCGGUCUACAUCACCUUUGUCUGUAACUUCAGACCUUGAAUAUCGUGGUUUGAACAGACCAGAUUUCCCUUCAGAUAGUGAAUGUACUGUGACAGAUCAAAGUAGCCUAUCUGAGUAUAGACCACUCUCAGCUGAAUCAAUGACUUCAGAAGGGGACUUUACCUUCCUUGAGCUCUUGUUUACAGAGUCUAGAUCAGCCUCUCCAGAGUCUGUUGCAUCAUUUAAUGAGUACAGGCCCCUGUCUCCUGACUCUCCAGUUCCUCACUUCAUGCCUCAAUGUUGCGAUUGUUAUUUGUCUUUCACUGGAAGUAGAUGUUCAUCACCAGAAUCAGUAACUUCAGAAGAUGGGCAUUCCUUCCUUGAGCUCUUGUUUUCGGAGUCUAGACCAUCCUCUCCAGAGUCUGUUGCAUCAUUUGAUGAGUACAGGCCCCUGUCUCCUGACUCUCCAGUUCCUCACUUCAUGCCUCAAUGUUGCGAUUGUUAUUUGUCUUUCACUGGAAGUAGAUGUUCAUCACCAGAAUCAGUAGCUUCAGAUAUUGAAUUCUCUGAGUUCUGUCUUGAGGAACUGUUUGCUGAAGACAGAGCAGAUUCACCUGAAGCAUUUAUAUCAGGGAGUGAAUUUGUUGAGUCAGUUGAAAGAGGUCUAAUGAAACUCAGACCCUUGUCACCAGAUUCAGUAACUUCAGAAGGUGAUUAUACCUUCCUUGAGCUCUUGGUUGCUGAGUCUAGACCAUCUUCACCUGAUUCUCCUACUUCAAAUUACAAAUAUCGAGCUCUAUCUCCUGAUUCCCCAAUCCCACAAUUUAGUCCCUCAAUCAUUGAGUCAUCAGUGUCUUCAUUCUUUAGCAGAUCUUCGUCACCUAUUUCAGUAACUUCAGACAUUGAAGGAUCUGGCUUCUAUCUUGUGGAUUUUGUCAACGAAGAGAGAACUUAUUCUCCAGAAUCUUUUGUGUCAGAGAAUGAAUUUGUAGAAGCAGCUGAAGGAGGUUUCAUCAAAUUCAGACCCCUGUCACCAGAAUCAGUAACUUCAGAAGAUGGUGAUACCUUCCUUGAGCUCUUGUUUGCAGAGUCUAGACCAUCUUCACCUGAAUCUAUAACGUCGUUAAAUGAGUACAGGCCUCUCUCUCCUGACUCUCCUGUUCCUGAUUUCAGAUCACAUUGUUGUGAUUGUUAUUUGUCUUUCACUGGAAGAAGGUGUUCAUCACCAGAAUCAGUCACCUCAGAUGUUGAAUUCUCAGGACUUUACCCUGAGGAAUUAUUUACUGAGGACAGACCAGAUUCACCUAUUUCCAUCUGUUCAGAGGGCGGUGAUGAUGAGGAUGAUGGUAGUUUUCCUAAAACAUCAGAGUGGGAUGAUGAUACAGGUUCUUUAGAAAAGAUCCCAACUGUCCAUUGGGCCUUCAUACCUCAGUUCAUGGUGUCUAAAGCUGUACAAACAGGCCUAUCACUAGACUCGGAUGAAUCUUCAUCCCAGCCAGUACAUGGACUCUCUGAGGUGCGGCCUGUGUCUCCAGAAUAUAGACUAGUUUACAGGGCAGUUCCCAUCAAACUAAUGUCCCAUGCGUAUGACCCAGCGAACGAAGGUGAAUCCUACGAUAGUAAGACUGGUGUUUUCGAACAUUCGGGACAAAGAUACAAGGUUAGACAGGUUCUUGACUGUCAGAGGGAACAUUGUGUGGAUUUCGGGCCUGUUCAAUUUCAUGAAUCCAACCUUGGCAUGCCUAGUGUCUUUGAAACCACAGUAGUUGAGGUGACAAAACAAUAUAUCUCCUCACGACAACACUCUAAAAUCACUGACCAGACAGUCACAGAUACUUUGCAUAAACCUCAUUUGCUAAUAUCCCAACCAGUAGAGACAGAAAUCAGAACCCCUUUCCCCGUCCUAGCUGAAUGGGAGUUCACCCAGUUGCCGUCCCUUCCUGAGGACAGGCCUCUUUCUCCUGAGUCACUCGGUUCAGACAUGGAUGGAAUCCUUUUCUAUCUUGACCACUUCUUUACUGACAUGAGGCCAUCUUCACCUGAAUCUGUUGCGUCAGUGAAUGAAUACGGGCCUCUCUCACCUGACUCUCCAGUUCCCCACUAUGGACCUAGAAUCCCAGAUGUUGUCAUGACCGCAGAGCGUAGAUCUUCCCUCUGUUCUGUUGCGUCAGUGAAUGAAUACGGGCCUCUCUCACCUGACUCUCCAGUUCCCCACUAUGGACCUAGAAUCCCAGAUGUUGUCAUGACCGCAGAGCGUAGAUCUUCCCUCUGUUCUGUUGCGUCAGUGAAUGAAUACGGGCCUCUCUCACCUGACUCUCCAGUUCCCCACUAUGGACCUAGAAUCCCAGAUGUUGUCAUGACCGCAGAGCGUAGAUCUUCCCUCUGUUCUGUUACGUCAGCCAUUGAAUUGUGUGGAUUUUGUCUUGAGGAAUCGUUUGCUGAGGAUAGAGCAGAUUCACCUGAAUCAGUAACAUCAGAUAUUGAAUUAUCUGAGUUCUGUCUUGAUGAAUCGUUUGCUGAGGACAGAGCAGAUUCACCUGAAUCGUUUAUAUCAGAAGGUGAAUAUGAACAUGUACACGAGACGCUCACUAAAACCAGUCCUCUACCACCUGAAGAUGAGUACGCUCGUUCUUUCGUUCAGUACUGGCUUUCAGAGUUACGGCCGUCCUCUGCAGAACCCAUGACGUCACUAGAUGAGUUAGAUGCUGCAGAAACAAGCCCAUCUACAGAAAUGGAGGAUUCUGAAUCUCAGCCUGUUUAUGAAUUCUCUGAAGGAAAUACAUCAUCUCUAGAAUAUAGACUGGUUUAUAAGGCAGUUCCCUCCACUCUAAUGGCCCAUACAUUUGACCCGGCGUACCAAGGUGAAACAUACUUGAAUAAAUCAGGUGUUUUUGAAUAUGCAAAAGACAGACAGGCUAGAGAGAUAAUGGAGCGUCUGAAGGACAAAGAACUUGUCCUGGACAGGCCGGUCACACCACAGUCAAUAACAGCAGAAGAGAUUCAGUCUUUUUUGAAUGAUUGGUCUACUGAGUUAAGGCCAAACUCACCAGCCUCUGUUGCAUCACUUGAUGAGCGUAGGCCUCUCUCUCCAGACUCUCCUAUUCCCCAGUUCAUACAUCAAUGUUGUGAUAAUUAUGUCGAACUCCCUGGCGAUAGGUCUUCGUCACCUCAGUCGGUAACGUCAGACGUUGAAUACUGUGAAUUAUAUCUCGAUGAACUGAUUCCUGAACACAGACCGGAUUCUCCUGAUUCAUUUUUGGCUGAUAGUGAAUUCAGAGAGUCAAUUGAACAGUUUUUUAGAAAGUUCAGAACCUUGACACCACAAUCAGUAACUUCAGAAGGUGGUUAUACAUUCCUUGAGCUCUUGUUUGUAGAGUCUAGACCAUCUUCACCUGAAUCUGUAACAUCAUUUGAUGAGUACAGGCCUCUCUCUCCUGACUCUCCAAUUCCCCAGUUCUUACAUCAAUAUUGUGAUUAUUAUGGGUUAUUCCCUGCUGAUAGGUCUUCAUCACCUGAAUCAGUAACAUCAGAUAUUGAAUUAUCUGAGUUCUGUCUUGAUGAAUCGUUUGCUGAGGACAGAGCAGAUUCACCUGAAUCAUUUAUAUCAGAAGGUGAAUAUGAACAUGUAGACGAGACGCUCACUAAAUCCAGUCCUCUACCGCCUGAAGAUGAGUACGCUCGUUCUUUCGUUCAGUACUGGCUUUCAGAGUUACAGCCAUCCUCUGCAGAACCCAUGACAUCACUAGAUGAGUUAGAUGCUGCAGAAACAAGCAAAUCUACAGAAAUGGAGGAUUCUGAAUCUCAGCCUAUUUAUGAAUUCUCUCAAGGAAAAACAUCAACUCCAGAAUAUAGACUAGUUUAUAAGGCAGUUCCCUCCACGCUAAUGGCCCAUACAUUUGACCCAGCGUACCAAGGUGACACUUAUUUGAGUAAGACAGGUGUUUUUGAAUAUGCAGGAGACAGAAAGGUUAGAAAAGCCCUGGAUCGACCGCAUCGAUCUGGUGAGGACUUGAGGCCAGUUAGUGUUGAAGAACCAGCCUCCUCUUGUCAUUCUGCUUGUCCAGCAGAGGAGGAGACGGUACAAGAGGGGUCCUUGCUAACAGUCCCUCGUGUCACUGACCAGAGAGUCACAGAAACUUUGCACGAACCUCAUUUGCUAAUAUCCCAGCCAGUAGAGACAGAAAUUAGAACCUCUUCCCCUGUCUUAGCUGAAUGGGAUUUCAUCCAGUCGUCGUCCCUUCCUGAGUACAAAACUAUUUCGGCUGAGUCACUCGGUUCAGACAGGGAUGGAGUCUUUUUAUAUCUUAACCACUUCUUUACUGACACGAGGCCAUCUUCACCGGAGUCUGUUGUUUCAUUUGAUGAGUACAGGCCUCUCUCUCCUGACUCUCCAGUUCCUCACUUCAUGCCUCAAUAUUGCCACUGUUAUUUGGCUCCCACUGGUGAUCGAGCUUCGUCACCUCAAUCAGAAACUUCAGAUAUUGAAUUCUCUGAGUCAUGUCUUGAGGAACUGUUUGCUGAAGACAGAGCAGAUUCACCUGAAUCAUAUAUAUCGGAAGAUGGAAUGAGAUUAGUAGAUGAGUCAGACAAAGAUAUGAGCCAAGACAGACCAAUGACACCAGAUUCAACAUCUGGAGAGAGCCUGUCAUUUGUAGAAGACUGGUUUUCAGAGUUAGAUUUAAAACCGUCCUCCCCUGAAUCCAUUGCAUCACAAGAGGACCUCUCUCCUGACUCACCUGUCCUCCAAUAUGGACCUGGUCUGUCUGUUGUUGUCGUGUCAACAGGAGAGAAGUGUUGGACACCUGAAUCUGUGAUAUCAGACUGGGAUGAGUUUGGUCUGGAGGACUUGUUCUGUGCGACCAGAACCUGUUCUCCUGACUCCAUCUGUUCCAAUACAGAUACUGUUUUAACUCAGGGUGACGGUCAACGUUCUCCUCCAACAGACCAGGUUUCCACUGAACAUGAACCUGAAAUGAGAGUUGAAAGAGCACGCUUAAAACAACCCCCGGAAUUAAUAGAUGCCCCUUUUAGUUUAGUUUUCCCAGUUGUUUGCCAAACCCACCGAGCAGUGGAAGCGUUUUUUUGUAGGGCCUCCUCCCCAGACAGCCACAGAGCACCCGUAGAGGAUGUAGAUGUAGAUGAUGUAGAGACUCACAGACCUCACCAAGCAUCCUCUCAGUCGAGUCACGUGCCAUCUGACGAACAAAAUCUGGGAUCUCCUGUUGCUGCUGUCAGGGCGGAGGAGGCAGUUCACAACAGACCUCAAGCAAGUCGUAAGUCAAUCCAAAGAAAAGAACACAGUAAUGUCCCUACGUUGAAAGGAAGUGAAGCUCAACCCAAGAUUGACGAGACAAGCAAGCACCUGAAAAGAAAGCCGAUGAGAAAAGCGGAAGACAGCCGAGUUUCUGCGCCGUCGGUUUCAGCAGGAUCCUCCAUGGAGAAUCUAUCAGAACCCAAACAUGUAUUAGCUUUGGACCAGCCAUCUACUAAUAGACCUAUCUCAAACAAAACACUCAUGUCUGAAACCCAAUCUGUGACUCCAGAUCUCCAGAUUCCAAAUGCCUUUGUAUUCAGUCCGUUAUCCCCUGAAAUUACAAUGACCCCCGAGAAGAUGAGGGUAUCGCCAGAAAGUCCAGAAAAACCAUUGAAUCUGAACAAGGAGUCCUCUUCUUCCGAAACCAGUCCAGUGUUACCAGACCUUUUCAGCCACAACGCCGAAGACGGCCAAGGUGAUGAAGCACAAUUGUCAGCGAGCAAUCUAGAAGCACCCCCGGAGUCAGGGGCAGCCACCCAGCUUGAUCAGCUGCUGUCGGAAUGUGAAGAAAUCAAACGGGAAUUCCGACCGGAAACUCUAGAACCACUGGACUCACCUCUUUCGGAAACCAGCGAAGGGGGUCUUGAAGAUCUACAACCUUAUGUUGAGUUUGAGGAACUCUUGCCAGAAUCCGACGGAUAUCCCACUGAGGGUGAUGAAGAGAUCUCUAGUCCAAGUCCCUCAUCCCCUAUUCAGAUCACAUGGGAGCCAGCUGAAAUAAGUGUAAUGGUCUCAGUGCCGACCGAUCUCUCCCUGUCCAAUGAAACUGAUCCGGAGGUAUUUGGGGUGACCGCAGAUCUAAUCAAGAUCUUCCCAGAGCCUAGCCAAGUUACAGCUGAUCCGGUUUGCAGCCACUUGGAGUACCUGCAAACACACAGAGCAGACAAAUCAGAUCUCACCGGUUCCAUACCAUUGGAUAGCCCCACAGCUGCUACCAAAUCUGUCGGAACACCGGAAUCUCCAGAACCAUGCCAUAAAGUUCUAGAACUGUCAUCAGAAUCAAUUGUUCCGUCUCAAAAGUUCCAGUCACUCGAACAUGAGGAUGCUGCUCUUUUUACUGAACCUUCAACUGUAGAAGAACAUCAAAUCAGUCUCGCACAGCAGGACCUGGAGACAGUUGGUGAAGAAUAUGACAACUCCAAAGAAACAUCAAGCAUUCAAGCCGCAGUCAAAAAGGCAUCUAUUGAACAAAGCAAAGUAUUGUGUGAAUCUGGGGGAUUAAUCACUGAGCCCAGCCAAUUGGUAGAUGAAACAUGCACGGGCACUACCCCAGAAGUUGUGUCACAUUUAAGGGAUAGCACUCCCCCUGAAACCCUUGAAUACGAUGAGCAGUCGCCCCAGUCACGCUCUGACGUGACCCCACAGACUCCAGAGACCGUCACCGCCUACAGGUCACAUUUAAGGGAUAGCACUCCCCCUGAAACCCUUGAAUACGAUGAGCAGUCGCACCACUCGCUCUCUGACGUGACUCCACAGACUCCAGAGACCGUCACCGUCUCCAGGCACUUCAGCUUCGAGGAGUUGAUCCCUUACCAGAGUCCUAGGUACCUCAACAUGCUCUCUGAAGAGCUCAAGCCAAAUACCAGUGAGCAACCAUCAGAGAAUCCAGUCACCCCCAUAGAGGAAAAGUUCAGUCCCAAGUCCCAUGUCUCCCAGCCCGGUCCAGUAGAUCCCAUGGCAGAGAUGGUGUCAGCCCAGCCUGAUCCAGUAGAACCCAGGGCAGAGAUGGUGUCAGCCCAGCCUGGUCCAGUAGAACCCAGGGCAGAGAUGGUAUCAGCCCAACCCGUUCCAGAGGUUACAGCAUCAGCCCAUGAUGAAGAGUUCUCCAUGGAGUUCAGCCUCCCUCCUGAGUAUGCUGAGGCAUCCUCCUCUAUCCACAAACCCAAUCCUCCGGCCUACGCAGAAAUCAUACGAGGCAGCACAACAAUGCACUUAUACGAAGACUCUGACCCGGAGACUUACUUUGACUGCAAACAUGGAGUCUCAGAUUUCUCCGAGAUGGAACCUGACGAACUGAAGAAGAGGGAAAGUUCAGGGGUUGGCCAAACCCAAGGACAAGCUUCCCAUUCAGGAGCCCUGGGGAUAAAGUACCAGAAGCCGACGGCACUUCCAGUUUGCUCCGCAGUGCGCAAACACGAACGUGGAGUCCUGCUGUCCUCAGGGAGUGAGGAUUAUGACGACGCACCUUAUGAUGACAUCAAGGAAGAGAGCGAAGAGCUGGCCCAAUCUCCCGGCACACACAGAGACGACUCAGCCUUUUACCAGGCUCCUCAGGAGCUUCCUCCUCUCAGAUCAGCAGAUGAUGAUGACUCCCUGGACAGGCAGGGUGAGAUGACAGACAUCCCUCCCCAGACUGUGACAGAGGAGCACUACACAGAUCAACAUCAACAUGACACGGUGGUCAGAAAGGUUACUCGUGAGGUGAACCGCCAGGUGAUAUCGGGUGAGGGGUCGCAGAGGGAGGAGGGGGGUGCCCCAACGGGGGAGGAGGGAGACGGAUACUCCAGAGUGGUCGAGAGGAGGAGCCACAGAGACCUCUCAGAGGUGAGGGGCCAAGAUGUGUAAGGGACGUUCCCAGAGACGGACAGUAGUGAGGGGGGAGGAGCCUGUGGUAACAGGAAACAGGUUCUCCUGGAGCACCUUCAUCACCUCAUCCACCUCUACUGUUAGAAGGAGGAGGAAGAGGAGGAGGAGGGGGGGAUGAGGAGGAAGAGGGAAUAACAGGCUUUCUUUAUCGCCUCGCUAGUUUCCUGUUCGGCCUCUGACUCCACCCCUUUCCCUGAAGAUCCACCAAUCCUAUGCAUCAGGCACAUGUAAUCCCAGAGUGCACCUCAGUCCUACCACCGUCUUCCUGUUUCAACAAUCUGUUUGGUCUUAAACUGAUUCACUUCUUUUCUUUCUUUCUGUUUUGGUUUCUUCUUUGUGUGUUUUUUCCAUUUUCAUUUUUUUAUUUUGUGUGUGUGACCAAAGAGAGUUGUUUUUCCAUGUUUUGUUUUCUGUAUGUAUUGGAUCUUGAGACAGACAUUAAUCAUAUAUGUGUUGUACUGCUAGAGUAGGUGGUUGGACUAACAGACGCUACGAUGUACACCUCACAGCACUACCUGUCUCUACUACUACAGUUCUUAGUUAUUCUUUACUACGACGUGAAAACUACAGCACUUCCUCUUCCUCUUAUUGACCUUUCUUUAAAAAAGGUCAGAUAUCACGAUGUCACCUGUAGCAACCCUUAACCGUAGUCCUCACUUCCUGCUUCCUGCUUCCUCGCUUCCUGCUUCCUGCUUCCUGUUGCUGGAGUGUUUAGUGUUCUUGUUCUACCUGUCUUCAGAAAGUAGCUAUAUCUAAAUAUGUGGUUUAAAAAAAAAACGUUUGUCAUCUGUAACCUAGGCAACCUUAUUAGUCCCCUCCAUUACCAGGUAGAGUAGGCAUGAUUGGUCGGUUAGCUGGUGACGAUCAUAGCUGAGAUAUGGUUAAUUAUAUAUAGCCUUGAUCCUUUUCUCUCUCUCUCUCUCUGUCUCUCUGUCUCUCUCUCUGUCUCUCCCUCUCUCUCUCUCUCUCUCCCUCUCUCUCUCUCUCUCUCUCUCUCUCUCUCUCUCUCUCUCUCUCUCUCUC